GCCCAUGCCCAGCCAGCUGCAUCGUCCUUCCUUGCUCCGUGGUCCAUAAAUUGCUACUUCCCCUGCAUUGGGAGGGGGGGCCAAACCCACGCCUUGCCUCUUUGAUCCACUCUCCCGAUCCAUCUUCCGCCCCUCAGAGCCCCAUCCACCAACCAUACGCCAGUGUCGCACCUCCCUGCACAUCAGCCGAGUCUCACCCGGGGAAGGGUUACGGGCCCACAAUUCCUGAGGAUGUAUGCCUCAGGCCGCCCAUGUCCCCAGCCCGCGCCGGGCCAAGUACCAGGUCUCCCUUGGUCAGGGGGGGCUUUGACUGCGGCCCAGCUUGGGAUAAAAAAGGCCACGUUGCCCCAUCCCGUCGACUGGUAAGCACACCUCACCACAGUCACGCUCGCCUCAGUAAUCCCACAAGGCAACAGCCAUAACGCCAGUCAUUCUUUGCUUCCUAGCCUGUUUCCCUCCAUUACAUAUUUAUCAUUUUAUCUGUCUGCCUAGCAUUUGUUGCAAUCUGUCAUUUUGAGCAUCGCCAGCAGAAGAAGCCACAUCUUCAACAGCCAGCCUUGCAUCAGUCAUACAAACCAACCAACCAACCAACCAAAUCCCCACAAUUAUGCUGAGGCCUUAGUUGAUCUCCAGCAUAUCUCCCCCGUCCUAUCUGUGUAAUUGUCCACACCCGACUUCCACUCACCAACCAUACUGCCGACUGUCUGGAGCAUCGAACCCGCAUCUCCACUAUCAACACCACCAUCGACAGACGCAGAACGUCGGACAAUUCCAGUACCGCGAACCACCUGCAGGAUACCAGCCAAACACCCACGGCUACUACCAGCACCUGCCAGCCCAGAACCUCCAGUUUGGGCCGCUUCCGUACUAUCAACCACACACACAGAUCUCCAGACACAUCAACAUGGAGGCCACACCAACACCGUCGCCCCUCGUCAAGAACGAGCCCGUGACCGAGUCUUACCAGAGCCUCUUUGCGGGCGAGUCAACACCAGCGACCAUGGACCCAUCAGCACUCUUCUCGACCCCAGAGCCUGCGGACGAUUCCUUCUCGCCAAGAGACAUGGAGACUCCAGCACCAGAAGACGACUCCGCAGACUCAUCCGACAAGAAGCCCACAAAAAAGAGGAAGUCGUGGGGUCAAGUGCUGCCAGAGCCAAAGACUAACCUGCCUCCAAGGAAGCGGGCCAAGACUGAUGACGAGAAGGAGCAGCGCCGCGUAGAGCGUGUGCUCCGGAACCGCCGGGCAGCCCAGUCCUCCCGGGAGCGAAAGCGACAGGAGACUGAGGCCCUGGCCCAAAAGAACAAAGACCUCGAGGCUACCGUACUAGAGCUUCAGAGGACCAACCUCAUGUUGCAGCAGGAGCUGAAGAAGGUCAGGCCAGACCUGGGCGUCGCUGCUGCUUCACCAAGCAGCAACUCCAUGACCCUGUCUCAGCCCCUCUUCCCCUCCCACGAGAUGAACGGCCUCAUCCAGCCCUCCCAGGCCAGUAUGGACCUGAUCGAGGACCUGGUAAACAAGUCCAACCAGACACCAAAGACCGUCAACCCGGCCUCCAUCUCGCCCGCCCUCACCCCCGUCCCCGAGGAGCUCGAAUUCGAGCCCGCCAAGGAAGAGCUCAACACAGCUGCUCCGCGCGCUGCCGAGGCCUCCCAGACUGCCAUCUCCACCCCGGUGACACAAUAUCCAGCAGCGGUAUUGUGUAAUGACCUGCAGUGUCAACGGUUGGUGGAGAUGUCUCCCUCUGGUCAGGCCUCGACGCAGUCGCUGCACCCAGCGCUGUUCAUGCUCCAGCAACUCCUGCUGGUGGCGUACAGCUCUUCGACAACGCUGCUCUCACUAUGGGAGACGCGUCCGCUGGCGAUGAUCUCGAUGUCUAUGAGAGCCUCCUCGCCUCUUCCCCCCACGCAAGCGAUCUUGACCUCGAUCAUUUCUCUGGUGACCAACUCCAUUUCGAUACCGCCUUUGACGUCAACCAACACUUUGACGUCGACCAGUGGCUCGAGUCCUACGACAACGGAGACGGCGCACUCGACAACCAGCAGCAGCUCUCGCUCCAAGACCCUGCGGCUCCGAACCCUUCGCAAGAUUCUAACCUGCAACCGACAGCUGGCGCGUCCACUUCAGGAUGCGACGCUCGAGGCAUUGCGGUUGAGUCUCACUAGGGCACGCGGUUCCCAAGGGUCCAACGAGCACGAGUCUGCCAGCGGGCUGUCGCCUCUGCUGCCGUCGCCGGAGCGUCUCAUCGCUCUCAUGUGGGCGAUUCGGACCACGGUCAGGAGUAUUGAGAUCAAGGACCAGGUCAAGCAGAUGAGGGAAAGACAACUACAACGGAAGGGAGGACUCGCGGCCGCGGGACCCCGGAACACCAACGCGUCGACCCCUAGAACUACUAUUGUGAUUUCUAAGUCUGACAAGUUAGCCGGGAGUAAAAGGAAAUGGGUUGGUGGAGGUGGUUCUUCCAUCACGGAUGGCGUUCAGGGCAGGAGGUUUCGUGACCGGGCGGCCUAGGCUUACGCCGGACGCUUCGGUGCUUUGACAAUGAUUAUUGAAGUAGAAAUUCUUCAAAUAGGAAUGAAAGACAUCCUACACACC